AUGCUGAUUCUCCUGUAUGCUAUUGCAUUCCUCGCCAGUGCAUGCGGAACAGGCCCCGAGUGCGUCCACGGAAAUUGCACCUACGGGGACGGAGCAUACUUCUGCCAGUGCAGGCGGGGCUGGGCGGGGGCUGCGUGCGAUGCUCCCCGUGCAGGGUUCCGCAGGGUAACUACCAGUGGGCAGACACCCGCAGACAGGGCCGUCAACUACGCUUGCCUCGUGAACGGGACGGAGUGCACAGAGUCGAACAAGUGCACCUACUACGCGGGGGCGUACUCGUGCGACCCCUGCCCCGAUGGCUUCGUGUCCUACGAGGGCGAGUGCCUGCCGAAGAGCUGCUUCAACACCGGUGACCUCUCAGGACAGGAGGCAACGAAGCCUCCCUGCAACGGCCGCGGCCGCUGCCUCCUGAAGGACCCCGGGCUGGCCGGGCUGAGUGCUGACGACUACGCGUGCGACUGCUACCCGAUCUACCGCGGGAGUCUCUGCCAGUCGUGCGACGACGCCAACGCAAUUGAUGCUAAGACUCCCUCACAGGACAAUCUCCCCACUUGUAACCCACGGGCUUGCCAGGAUCCUGACGGCACUGUGUGCUCAGGACAUGGUAACUGUGUCCUCGACGUAGGCCUCAAUCGCGAAUCAUACCACUACCGUUGUGCCUGUGAGACGGGAUAUACACGCGUUGGACACAAGUGCGUCAGGACAGAGUGCGUGGCCACGAUCGACGGGUCCCCGGUCGUCUGCGGGGGCUUUGGGAACUGCACAGAUGAGGGAAAUACCGGCACCUUCAGGUGUGUUUGCGAUUCUAAUGCAGUCCAGGUUGGUGAGUUCUGCACGCAUCCGACCUGCACCGAUAGCUCCAACUCGAAGAUCUGUGGCGGAGUGGGCGCCUGUGUGCGUGACGGCGCUGGCUAUAAGUGCGAUUGCCGGGGACUUGCCACGGGCGACCUCUGCGAUACUUGCACUGACAAGUCUGCUAAGAUAAAUGGCAAGUGCGUUCCAGUGGGAUGCCUCACCUCAGACAAGCGAGAAUCAUGCAAGAACGGAGGAACAUGUGUCAAGUUCGAUGGCGAGUACCACUGCCGCUGCCCGGACAUGCUCAUUGCCGUUGACGGAGAGUGCACGUCCCCCGCGUGCAUGGACGAGGAACUUGGGAAGGUCUGCUCGGGGCACGGCACGUGCAAGACGGACGAUCUACGAAAUAUACAAUGCACUUGUGAUCAGGACUAUACCUACAUCGCUCCAGGGCGCUGCAUCUUGAGCAGUCUGGUGGAUAUCCCUGCCACGGUUUGCAGUGAUCAUGGACGCAUUGUCGUUAGUGCUGAGGCUCCUUAUACGAUGACGUGCCAGUGUUCGCCUAUCUACACAGGAGCUAAGUGCGCAGAAUGUAAUCAACAAAAUGCGCAAGUGAUUGACAAGAAAUGCAUUGCAAAGAAGUGCAUUGUGCAACAACAACCACCGGAUCCACAGCCCAGUCUGCGCACGGCUACUGCUCAGGAUAUCUGCGGGAACACAGGCACGUACACCACUUAUGGAGAUCCUAGCAAUCCGUUCAUCACAUGCGUCCCUAAAGGCUCCAGUGAUGGGAACGUUUCAGCCUACAACGGCACCUUCUCUGCUAAACCUGGAUGUGUAUUUAUCAGUAAGAUAGAUAAGACAAGAAGGUUCUUUUGUGGGUUCCUAGAGGGGCUGACAGAUAGUCUUCAGGACGAUCGAAUGCCAACCUGUGCUAAGCCUUCUGAAGGCUCCAAUCUACCUGAAACGUGCACUGUGUGCCCAACUGGCUUUCAUCUUGUACACUUUGGGGAAAACAAUGCAACCUGCAUGCAUACCGACUGUCACGACGGUAGAUCUAUUUAUCAUAUGUGGUACAAUUACUGUGGUGGUGUGGGAGACUGUGUCAAAAAGAAGGAUGGUAACGAAGGAUAUGAAUGCGAUUGCGGUCCAGAUGCUACGUGGGACCAAAGUUUAAAGGCGUGCGUCACCAAUGCGUGCAAGCUUGAUAAAAAGCUCGCCGGCCCAGGAGCACCUAAGUACUGCGCUGCGCUGGGCAGUCACGAACUCCACUGCACCGUCGGCCGGGACACGACGUGGCAGUGUAAUUGCACUGGGGACUAUGUUACAUACAACAAGACGUGCAUUUUAAAAAGCAAGAAUGCGAAUCCACAGACUAAGCUAGCAAGAGGUCUAUGCGGCGGCCCCGGAGCUGGCUACAUAAACGAAAAUGAGUCCUGCACCUGCAACCCGGGCUUCCUGAGGAUCGGUGACAUGUGCUACAGCUACGACUGCCUGCCUGUGGGCGUGACGGCAGCCGAUGCAAGGAAGCUAACGUUAGAUCGCCACGUCUGCUCUGGGAAGGGAGUCUGCGCGUACAACCAGCUGACCGGCCGAUAUGGAUGUGAGUGUAAGGAUGGUUUUGAGGCCUUUGGUGGUUACUGCACUCACCCCGGGUGCGCCGGAAAGGUGAUCCACAAUGGAGAACUUAAGUACGUCGAAUGCAAGGUCUACGACGGCACCGUUGGGAGUUGCACACAAGAUUCUAAUGGAAACACGUACUCGUGCAAGUGUGCUUUUUCAUACAAGUCUUUUAAUGGGCUUUGCGUUCACCAAAGCUGCAUGUCUGGGGAUAAGUAUUGCGGAGGUGACUCUUUGGCUUCGUGCGUGAAGGGAGAUGAUAACCGCUACGGCUGCGUCUGCUCCGAGGGCUACGAACUGAGUGAUAAAAGAAAUCAAGAUGGAAAUAGAGACACGUGUGUCCCGAGCAAGUGCAUGUAUAGGGCGUCUGCGAACGACGCCGCCAUAGAGUGUAACGGGCUGGGAACAUGCAGUGCCAACGGUUUAUUGAAGGACAAGCAAUGCACGUGUACUAAUGGUGCGAAUGCGUAUACACUUAGAGACGCAAGCGGCGAGCUGAGGAAGACAUGCGUGCUAGAAAAGUGUAUUUCUAGUAAAGACAAGGACGUACCGGUGAUCUGUGGAGGCGCGGGUAGGUGUGGACCUGAUGGAUGCAUAUGCAAUCUAGGGACCAAGUUGGUGGAUAAGGUCUGUGUUGGUCUCAAUUGCUUCAUCAAUGCUACAGACAGUAACGGAAGGCUCACUGAAUCCGUAUGUGGCGGUGACACGAUUGGUGUGUGCACAAAGAUAGCGUCGCACGGCGAUCGUCGAGACUACGCUUGUAAGUGCAAGGACCCGAGGCCUGACGGGUACGAAGAACUUGAUGGGUUCUGUCUGCCAAAGGCUUGCAUAUUUGAGAUUACAAAACUAGAUAACACCAAAAUGAAUACUACAUGCGGCGGAAGACAGUUUGGAAUGUGCAUUCUGAAUACCACUCAGUCAUCCGAACCCUACUGCAAGUGUAUAGAGCGAUCUGACAUUGUCCAGCUGGAGAAUAAAAAGUGCAUCAAGAGAGUGUGUCUCAGUGACGUCCUGCCUGGAAACACCUUCAGGAAUGUCGAGUGUUCUGGUCACGGAACAUGCAAGGGGGAUCAUACCGUAGAAUAUUCUUGCAGCUGUGAGUCUGGCUACAAAACAGUCAAAGGCAUAUUAGGAAAUUAUGUGUGUAUCCCGGAGGUAUGUGCUGUCUCGGAGACAGACACAACCAUGAUAUGCAGCGGAAGGGGAACUUGCUCUAUAGAAGAAAAGACAUGUAAGUGCUACCCUGGGUACGAAGGUCCUCAAUGCAAGGCUUGCAAUGAUGGGUACCUGGAACACACAGAUAAGCGAUGUUAUCUUAGCAACUGUCCAAAAGAUAGCUGUAGUAUGGAAGAAAAUACUGAUGCAGGAACUUGUCAGUUUGGUGGCAGUAGCUUCAACUGCGUCUGCGUCAACUCGAGCUUCGUCGUUGACAGUGCUAGCAAGAAGUGCCGGAAGUCCAGGUGCGUCUGGACGGAUCCAUACGAUCAGACAGAAAAAACGUGCUAUGGUAUGGGUACGUGCAAUGACAACGGCGAGGCCACUGGGGAAUGUAGUUGCAAUUCUGGAACAAUUCUCAUUGGAUCAAGUGUCUGCGUAUAUAGAGAAUGCAUGCCGAGAGAUCACGCUGAUGACAUUACUAAGAUAUGUAAUAACCGUGGAACAUGCGUUGAAGCCACCACUGGUACAGGAAUGUGCAGGUGCGACAACAGCAGGUACCGUACAGACAAGAAGACCGGCCAGUGCUUCGUCAAGGAGUGCUUCGGGGCGCACGAGAGCAUUCUUUCAGAAGUUUGUGAUGGUGGUGGGACGUGCACGGAGACCGGUGACACAGGAACAUGCAACUGCCAGGCCCCCAAUUUUAAGAACCUCCCUGGUCAAAAUGGUUGUGUGCAUAGCAGCUGCGUCUCGUCAGACAACAAGCUUUGUAGCGGCUUCGGCGCCUGCGAGAAGACCGGCGACACCUACGGCUGCCUGUGUGCAAAAGACUAUACUCUGGUCAAGACUGAUUGCAUCCCCACAAGGUGUCUCAAGGACGGGAAAGUCUGCAACGGCGGAGGAGAGUGUACUGGUGAAGGGUCCUCUGCGAUCUGCAGCUGCAGACAAGGCUGGACCCUCCACGGGACCCUCUGCUACCCAUCGGCCUGCGUUUCCAGUGGAACGCUGUGCGGGGGGAACGGCGACUGCCAGCUCUCCGACGGGGGCUUGUGCAGCUGCAGAAGCGGCUACGAGACCGUCUCCGAGGGGCUCUGCAUCAGCAGCCAGUGCAUCCAGCGCGGCACCGACGGCACCGUGACGAUCUGCGGGGGCAACGGCAGGUGCGUGUCUGAGAACGGCGUAAAGCCCACUUGCAUAUGCGAUGAAGGCUUCUCUCUCACAAGCGACUUCGUCUGCGGAGUCCCUGCUCCAUCUAACAAAUCGUCUGCCGGCACAACAGCUGCGAUCGUGGUCGUCGUUCUCCUCGUCCUCGCUGCGGUGGCCGGCUUCCUCGUCUGGUGGUUCGUGAUACGGCCCAGGAAGAGCGGUGUACUGAGGGAGCGUGCCCCGCGGAAGCCUGGUCGCGGGCUUCCUAAGCCGCAACUCACUCGCAAUUCUAGUCUUACUGCGUCUAUGUACUCUACUGCACCUCUACUAAAUGGUUCCAGACAACCAUCCAUGGUUCAGCUCUAA